CGCCUUCUCCUGCCUCCCCCGACUCUUUGUGCGCUGCCACUGCUGCCUUAGCCUCUCUCAAUGAACAAAGUGAGGAACAAUCAGGAGCUUCUUCUGCUCUGAACGCUUUCCCAGGAGAGGGAAGUAGCAGCUGAAGUUCUGGAAGCCUCUGAUUUCCAUCACAAGCGUCUGUGCAGAGGAUGGAUUUACCUUUCACCUCUUUAUUCGGGUUCGCCAGCCGAGCCAUGAGCUAACCGACAGCUCCGAGGGUUGACACGCUUCAUCCGCACAAGCGAUGAGAGGUUGAAAAUGGCACAAACGGGGGACGUCACAGCGGACCGCGCCCCACCUGGGUCCGAACUGUGGAACGCCACGGCUGGCACGCCCUGUCCACCUGAUCAGGGAUUCGGGUGCAAUAGCUCCGCGCUCCUUGAGCCCGAGAGCCCCCCGCUGUUGGUGGACGCCUGGCUCGUGCCCCUCUUCUUUGCCCUGAUUAUGCUGGUGGGGCUGCUGGGAAACUCACUAGUCAUUUAUGUGGUCACCAAGCACCAGCAGAUGAAGACAGUCACCAACUUCUACAUUGCUAACCUGGCAACAACGGACAUCAUAUUCCUGGUGUGCUGUGUACCAUUUACUGCCACCCUCUACCCGCUGCCCAGCUGGGUCUUUGGGGAUUUUAUGUGCAGACUGGUGAACUACAUUCAGCAGGUGACAGUGCAGGCAACCUGCAUAACCUUGUCGGCGAUGAGUGUGGACCGCUGCUAUGUGACGGUGUACCCCCUGCAGUCCCUCCGCCAUCGGACCCCACGCAUGGCCAUGGGCAUCAGCCUGGCCAUUUGGAUAGGCUCUUUUGGCCUGUCAGUGCCAGUAGCCAUGUACCAGAGACUUGAAACUGGAUACUGGUUUGGCCCCCAGACUUACUGCACUGAAUCAUUCCCCUCCGUGAUACAUCAGCAAGCUUUCAUCCUCUACACCUUUGUGGCAGUUUAUCUCCUGCCUCUCCUGACGAUCUGCGCCUGCUAUGCCUUCAUGCUCAAGCGCAUGGGCAGACCUGUCGUGGAGCCCACUGAUAACAACUACCAGGUCCAGCUGGCAGAGCGGUCAGAGGCAGUGCGUGCCAAGAUCUCCAAAAUGGUGGUAGUGAUUGUUGUGCUCUUUACUGUCUGCUGGGGUCCCAUCCAAUUCUUCAUCCUGUACCAGGCUUUCCACCCCAACUUCCGCAAAAGCUAUGCCCUCUACAAGAUCAAGAUCUGGGCUCACUGCAUGUCCUACUCUAACUCCUCUGUUAACCCCGUUGUCUAUGCCUUCAUGGGGGCCAACUUUAGAAAGUCCUUCAAAAAUGCUUUCCCUUUCAUCUUCAAACAGAGGGUGGGCAGUACUGGGGGGGGCAUGGCUAACACCGAGAUGCAGUUUCUUUCAUCUGGCACAUAGAGCUGUGGAAAGGCCAUGGGUCCUCUAUAAAUGUUGAAGGUACAUUUUUAACUACGUGGAUGCUAAGGGAAAACAGCUACGGGCAGAGCGGCUGGAGGCUUCUAAAUUUAACAAAAAAAAAAAAAAAAAAAACACACUUUGUUUAGUAAGUUAUAUACAUUACUCAAAUUAAAUCCAGCAAAAAUCUAGUAAUCGCUUGUGAAAAAUUCCAUGACAAAUCUAAAAUACAAGAGAAUGUAAAUGGAAAGCCAGAAAUGGCAAAUAAUCAGGUAGACAGAAGUUAAGACAACACCUUUUUGAGUUUUGCAUUUGAAUCUGAAUAUGUAGAGUUCCUGUAGAUCACAUACCAUGACAAUGCAGCACAAUACUGAUCUUCAAAAACCCACCCUGAGACCUAUGGUACAAGUAGAUAUCUCCUUUGGAAAUGUUUGCAAGAAACACCCCAAAUAAGCAGCACAUUUUAUGUCAUAAAGACCUUGGUUUUAAUAGGUGCCUAAAUUUGCUGCUCACUUUCAGAGCUACAGUGUAAUCUGGACUGCAGCCCUCCAGCUAAUGGGCCAUUAACACUGCAGCAGGAAGACGUUUUUA